GAGAUAUUUUACAGCUCAAGGCCCGACACUUCGCACAGUUGUUAGAAAUUGAAAAUUUUACUGCAUCAAACGGUUGGUUACGUGGAUUUAAACGAAGAUUUCAAAUACGUCAAUAUGUAAAGCAUGGUGAAAGCCGAAGUGCCCCUUUGCAUACUCUUGAAGAUGAACGUAUGCGGUUACGUGAGAUAAUGGGAGAAUAUGAUUUAAACGAUGUUUUUAAUAGUGAUGAGACUGAUCAAACUGAUAACGAUAUGAAUGAAUUAGAAUAUGAAUGCCUCCAACACCUAAUUAAUGAACUCAAUACUAACAAUCCAAUGAAUGCUGUAGAAUUUGUUUCUUUCGAUAAUGACAUACAGACUCGAGGAAUGACGGACGAAGAAAUUGUUAGUUCUGUUCAAUCGAUGUCUAAAGAUACAGAGAGUGAUGGCGAGGAAGAGAUAGAGACUGUUUCCAUAAAGAACGCGUUAGAAAGCUUGAAUAAUGUGUUCAAUUUUCUCGUUCAUCCACCCGCAGGUUUUAAUUGCGAUGCAAGUACUGUAUCAACAAGCCAGAAUUCUCAGUUUGAGACCACAUUUGUCGGCACAAUAACACAUUUAUCUCUACUCCAGAAAAAUUUCGACGGAAUUGUAUACGGCAAACAAGUACUAGUACUGAAGGGAGGAAGUAGGUACUCAUGUUGGAUUUAA